CGAGCUGAUGCAAACAGAAAACGUAUGCAAAAUCGUUGUUGUUAAAUUUUAUAUAUUUUUACAUGGUGUCGGAGAGCACGAAACUCUGCCAAGAUGAAGAAGGUCAACUGGUUGAUCCAAUGUCUGGUCGCAUGCACUUCCAUGGCAUUCGUGGCCUGUGCCGAGGAUGUUGUGUGGCGCGAGGGCUAUCAGGGCCAUGGCACCGUUCACGAGCAACUCGGCCAGCCCCAUGUGCCCGACCCCAUGUUCAGCGAGUACGUGCCGAAGACAAGACAUAGAAACAUUACCAAAGUAAGCCAUAUGAGCUUGGGUCCAGUCAACGUUAUAGCAAAUGGCCUUCUUCACCUUUUCUAUAGGCCGGGCAAAAUGCAGUUAAGUGAUUAUAUUACGGUUUCGAACGGCAGCACCUUAACCAUAGAGCGCAAGAUGAAAUCGAACGACUGGAAGAGUUUGCUGGCCGCCAAUAAGCUGCUAAUAUUGUGGUUGCUGUUCUUCCUGUUGCUCAUAUUGGUCAUACCGAUCCUUGGGAUAUUGUAUUGUUCCUUGUGCUGGUGUCGCUGCAAACGAGGCUGUCCGCCGUGCACGUCGCAACGAGAUGCCAAGCUGCGUGUGGUGUUCAGUGUAAUCAUGGUUAUCCUGCUCAUUGGAUUGAUAAUUGGGACCAUCAUUGCGUUCAUUGCCAAUAAGCAGAUCAGUCGAGGCGUGCGCUCUGCCAAGGAGAGUCUGUUGUCCUCCGGCGAGGGUAUCUGCGCCUUUCUCAAAGGCAUCUCCGAUCAUAUUGACCAUUUGGUCAUCACCAAUUAUCAGGAGCUGAAGGAGCACCUAGUCGAACAGGCAACUGAUGCGUAUAAGCAUCUAUUUUUGGAUCUAGCUGAUACUUCCGAUGGGAAUGCGUUGGUCGAUUUGGAGCGAGUAUUGCAAAACAUGCGAGAGGCGAGAGCACGAAUGAAGUCGAAUAUUUGGAAUGUGGAUAGACUUGUGUUCCUUGUCGCCAAUUUCCGGGAUGCCAUGCGUUACUACUAUCGUGAGACGUAUCGCGGAUUUAUCAUUUUAUGUCAGAGGCCACAGUGUGAUGAGAAGAUGAUAUCUUUUGGCUUUCAAAGUUGGGUAACCAAAUGUAUGCAUUUGGAUGGGUUGCCUAACUCAACCAAGUUUUGGGGGGCAAUGGAUAAAUCAGUUAAACUUAACUUAGAAAAUAUACCAAGGCUAGGUAUAAAGCGCCUAUGGGAAGUUGGUGAAAAUUUAAAAAAAAUUAUGGAUCCGACUAUUCCGCCGUUAAUUGCAAGGUUGGAUCGAUGCGGUGACCUGCUCAUACAGCAAAGGGAAGAUUUAAAGAAAAUUAUCGACGAGAUGCUGCACAAUGCUAACGAUAAAACAAUAAAUUCUGCAAAAUCAUUAGAUAACAUUCUAACCAACUUUGGUACCGAUCGCACUGCUAUUAAUAUUAUUGUCUGCAUCACUUUAAUGUUGAUAAUUGUCAUGUUGAUAAUUGGCCUAGUAUGGGGCAUGUGUGUGCGUGCAAACAACCUGGGAUCUGGUGCCAUGCUAGUAUCCGUUCUGCUGAUAUUUUGCGUGUUCUCGUUUAUAACGAUUGUUGGACUAUUUUAUUUUAUGCUUGGAUUUCUCACAUAUAAUGCUGCCUGUCGAUCGACUAUUACCACAACGAACAGCUUCAUGGAUUCCAGGAUCAACGCACCCGUUGCCGAUGAAGAGCAGGACAGAAAUGCGAUGAACACGACAACAACGACAAUUUCGAAAAAUGUGUUCGACUGCAAAAGAAAUGGAACCUUUUUCGAUUUGUUGAAAGAAAAGGGCCUAUACGAUGUCAUGAAAUUAAAGGGCAUGUUGCAAAUAGACGAGGCUGAAAAUGAAUUUAAAUGGCAUUCAUUUAAAGGCGAUUUGUCUCAGAUGGCGCUGAUAACUCACAGAGAGCUGCGUUUGCUUUAUAAAGUCCUGCAGCCAUUGUUUUUUUAUCGUAGCCGUUUAUAUACGGAUGUUCUCUGUCUGCCAAUGACGCGUACUUCCUUACAGGAUAUGGACGAUUUGGUAACUAAAACGGGGUUUAGCUUAAUUUACAACUUUUUUAAGGGCCGGACUGACUAUUCAAGAAUGUGGAUGAGCUCUUGUAGCUAUUUCACAGUCAGUCGUGAUAUACAACCAUUUAAGGAAGUAGAAGCUGAAAUUCCAAAAUAUGUUAACAAAAUAAAGAGCAACUUGGAGGUGAUCGAUAGACUUAUAUUGUCCGAAAACUUGGAUUUUAAUGAAACCUUUCAGCCAAUGAUUGAGGCAAUAAUCCGAGCUCAAGAAUUCAUAAACUAUAAGGGCGUCGAAUUUAUUGAAAAUCUUGGCAAAAAUUUAACUGGUUCAAUUUCCGACCAAUUGGACAAUUAUGUUAAAAUGAUUAUCUACGAGCUCACUCUUCACGUUGGUCCCUGUAAGCACCUCUCCGAUCUAUAUACCAACAGUCUUGAGCACGUUUGCCAGCAUCUAAUUGACCCGAUCAAUGCAUUCUGGUUGGGCGUGCUGCUUAGCGCCCUGUUGCUCCUCCCGAUCCUGUAUGUGGCCCAUCGACUGAUCUGCCUCUAUAGGGUAUAUCCAGUGUAUGUGGCCAAAAUCUUAUAUCUGGAGCGCGACGGUUACCCCUGUCCGACCUGCUCAGGCCUCCCAUAUAGGCCCAAUCCGGUCAUCAUCUGCGGCGGUGGCCAACAAGAUGGAGGCGACUGCCCGUGCAUAGACACUCCAAUCCAAAUAUCUGGGUUGGGUACAACAACCGGCAACGCCUACAAAAGUAAGCGAGAGUAGAUGCGGCUGCUUGAAGAGAGCCCGAGUGAGCGAACCGUAGCGUUCAGAAUUCAACAGACGAAUGAACAACAUUCAGACUGCGAGCUUCCACCAGACCAUCGCUGUCGCAGCGCGCGCACACACUCACAGGCAUACGAGCUGGUGAGAGUGUGAGAGUGCAGGGAGCGCAUGCUGUCGACGUAAUCACUUGCAAGUGUACUCUGCAGCGGUAGCCGAAACGCGCGGGGGUGUGCUGGGCGUCUGUACAAAAAUCGUCAUCGAAUAUGUCGGCGAAGCAACCAGUGCAUUGGAACCCAGCGGAGGACAUAACUGCGGCUGUAACUGCCUAUGUACGUACGUAUUUCGGCAUCAGGCAGUGACAACGUGGGCAGCUCUCGAUAGAGCGGGGCGCGUGUCACGUCCCGAGCACAAACCAAAACUCACAAAACACGACUUUUCAAAUAUGAAGUAUAGGAUACAGUUA